UCUCAAAACUCAUUACUACACAUCACCACAAGUUUACAGCCAUGCAUGAAUUGAGACCUUCCCCACCUAUAUGGUCCUUGAAGCCGAAGGGGUAAGUCCUAAAUUUCAAAAAAGUUAAACCCAACUUGAGGGCCCCUAAAAAAAUAAAAAAUAAAAAUAAAAAAAAACUUCUAUUUUCUCCCUGUGAAAUAAUAUGCAAUGAAAAAAAAAAAUCGCAAUAAUUUUAGGAGAGGAAGGGCAAAAAUUCUUCGUCUUCUUCGUCUGCAUUCUUCUUUUCUCUCUUGCUGGCCUUUGUAAUCAUGACUCCUUUUGCCAUCAUUGCUACGAAAAGCCUUUCUCUCUCUCUCUGUCUCUCUCUCUCUCUCUCUCUCUCAUUCAAAGUGCAAACAAAGACCACACACACAGAUACAAACCACAUCUAUAUCUCUCUACUUUUUUUUUUCUUUCAUCUCAUAAUACACAGAUAUCUCAUUGCAUGAGUCAUAUCUCUCCUAUUUAAAUCAUAGAAACUCUCAUCUCUCAGAACCCACAUUCAUCUUUAGCUUCCCUUUUAACGGACGUAGUUUUUCUUGCAAAACAGAGAAAACUGAACCAAAAGAAAAAAGAAAAAAAAAAUGUGUAUGAACUCGUCAGAAAGGUUACCUGGUAAAACUUUCUAUUCUUCUUUUCGCCGUAGACGCCUUUCUAAGCGAUACAACCUUAGAGUUCAUGGCCUUAACAGGUUGAGAAAAUUGAAAAAAGGAGCUGAUUAUGGGAAGAUAGUGGGCACAAAAGUAGAGAUGGAAAUCAACAACUUAAAGCUUUACAUGGAGAAUCAAAGCAUUAUGGAAGAGAAUCAGAAGCUGAGGAAGAAAGCUCUUCUUCUUCACCAAGAGAACCAAGCCUUGUUAUCUCAGCUCCAACAGAAAUUCUCCCAACCAAAUAAUGGGAAAAGUACCAUUAAUAAUGGUCAACAUAAUAACACCAAAGAAGGAAAUUAGGAAGACAUGUUAGGGACAACUGAGAUUAAUUAUGGGAUUUAUCACUUCCUUCCAUCUCUACUUUUGUUGGGUUUAUUUUAGUUUUUAAUGUAAGAAACUUUAGGGUGGGGAAAAAAAUAAGGUUUAUGGAUUAAGAUAUCUUUGUUAGUUGUAGAAUAGUAUAAGUUGUAACUUUUUUUUUUUUUUUUUUGGUUUUUUUUAUCAUAAGCUAGUUCAGUUUAUGGUACUUGACUAAUGCAAAUUUGGGGUCUAGAGACAAAUAAGUGUAAAUGAAUGCAGUUAUUUUUUGUUUC